AUGGAUUACUAUAGACGAUGUUUACUUUGCAAUAAGAGGUGCAAACCCAAGGACCGUAUUCCGAUAAAUGGAGAAUCAAAUACAGAUUUCAGAAAGUUCUUGGAAAAAACAUUCCUUAUUUAUCUCCAAUCUGACACAACAGAUGUUACAUGCAGAAAAUGCAGGCAGAAAUUCUACUUCAAACGCCGCAACAAUGUUAAGCAGACCCCAAGUCCAACACCGCUUGAAUCGGUUGAUGCCAUCAAUACUAUGGAGAAUAAUCCGUCAAAAAUGGCACGAACUGAAUCUGAAAAUGACACUAUUUCACUUCCAUUAAAGAGCACUGGGUACACACAUUCCAGGUGUUUUAUUUGCGAAAAGCCAGGCCCAAAACUUAUGAGAGUGAAAAGUUUUGCUAGGAAUCAAUUAUUUGUUGAAACAGGGGUGCUUCUUUCAAAUGGCGCAAGAUGCUGUCCACGUCAUUUAAUUGAAAACAUGUUUACUGCAAGUAGUAUCACGACUGUAAAAGGAAAUGGAAAUGUUCGAAACAGAACUAACCUAUCGAGUUCAGAACUGAUUGAUUUGAUUGAAAAUAUACGCAAAAUCGCAACGGAAAAUAAAGAAAAAAGACUCUGCUUUGAUGACGACUCAUUAUCGAGUGAUGAAUAUCUCAAUCUAACAGGUCUUAACAAAUCUGAUUUCGAUGAAAUGGUCCAGUACGUAAAUAAAAGUAAGGUUUCUGGGAAAAAAAGUAUUCGCACCUCCCUUGCUAUCUUUCUCACCAAAAUAAGGACUGGUCUUUCCAACAGAAUAAUAAGUACUCUAUACAACCUGUCAAAAUCACAAAUACGUAGGUCUGUAACCUCAAUCCGGAAGCAACUGGCUAAAAACUUUGCCCCGUUUUACAUCGGGUUUUCACACAUUAGCAGGAGUGAUGUAAUUGAAAAGCACACACGACCAUUAGCAGUUUCUUUAUUAGGUCAAAAUGAAUGUAGCCCGCCGGCGAUCCUUGUUUUAGACGGAACGUACGUGUAUAUACACAAAAGUUCUAAUUUCAAAUUCCAGCGCAAAACAUACAGUGUACACAAGAAAAGACCACUUGUCAAACCAAUGAUGGUAGUAACAACAUCUGGAUACAUAGUAUCAGUACUUGGUCCAUAUUUGGCGAAUGGUAAAAAUAAUGAUGCGAACAUUCUGAACAGUAUGUUAGAGCAAAAUGUUGAAGAAAUGAAAACAUGGGUUAGGCGUGGCGAUGUUUUCGUCGUUGACAGAGGUUUUAGAGAUUCUUUAGGAGUGCUUAAAGACAUCGGAAUUGAAGCUAAAAUGCCUUCUUUUUUAGAGAAAGGAAAAACACAACACACAACAGAAGACGCUAACGAAAGUAGACUUGUGACAAAAAUACGUUGGGUUGUAGAAUCUGCCAAUGCUAGAAUCAAACAAUGGCAGAUUCUAAAUAAUGUACUACCAACAAGUCAAUUACCGUAUUUAACGGAUUAUGUCCGCAUCAUAUGUGCAAUCUGUAACAAGUUUAAGCCUCCACUUUCUCAAACAAAGGAUCGCCUCGCAGAUAUCGAACUUGGCACUAAAAUGUUCGAACUUGCUAAAAGGAAAAACGAAUUACAAAACACAGUAGAAGAAAAACUUCAAAGCCGGACGAAACAAAAGUGGCGAGAAGUCACAGAAUCAGCAGUUAUUGACUUUCCUAAAUUGUCAGAAGAACAAGUGCGCGGAAUUACAUUAGGGGUGUAUACUGUAAAAUUGGCUAAAUCGUACACAGCUGAACAUAUGAGUGACGACACAUAUGCAUUAUCUGUAUGUAGCGAUGUUCCUGGUAUUUUGCAAGCUAGACUACAAAGCAGGCAUACAUCAGCUGUUAAGUAUAAAUGUUGGAUAGGGUAUGACAGUAAAAAUAUCACAUCUUGGUAUUGCAAGUGUAAGGCCGGCGCACGUGUUGUCGGGUCAUGUGCCCAUGUAGCGAGUGUGGUAUGGUACCUGGGAACCGGUCGUUACCGUUCAAACAAAUGGCCAACUGGCUGGGAUAACUUCGUGUCUGAUGCUAGUAAGCAAGAGGAAUAA